AUGGUGAACAAUGUGUUCACCCUUAACGGGCACGAAGUUGGCCGCGUCUCGGUGACUGGAGUUGUCAAGAAGAUCGAGGUCACUUCAAAAUUCAUUCGCUAUAAGAUUGACGAUAUGACCUCGCAGCCGAUUGGUGCCCUUGAGGAUGUUGAUGAGGAGAACGGUACGCAGUUGGUGACGGUCGGGGCCUACGUGAAGGCGUUCGGUGUCCUCCAGUGUUCGGGUGGAGCCAAUAUUCUAAAGAUCGCGUGCAUCCACCCGCUGAAAAACAUGAAUGAGCUCACCAUCCAUAUUGUGGAGACGGUGAAUGCACAUAUGAUUCUGGGAAAAUCCUACCCAGUCUAUAUUGGGCAGAGGAUUGCGUCCGAGACGGAGCCAGCCAUGGCGAGCGCCACCGGUGGCCGGAAUGAGGCCAGCGGCCGCGAGAGCGAUGAGGACAGCAGCGGCAACCAGAGCAGCGACCAGGAGUGCAGCAGCAAUGAGAGCAGCCAGGAGGGAAGCAGCCAUGAGAACAGUGGCAUUCUAAAGUCUCCUCGCGAGUCCACCCACGUGGAGGAGGUGCUACAUUUGAUUCACAAGUGCACUCUCAUGGAGGGCAAGAGUUUCAGCGAUCUGCAGAGAGAGCUUCCCAGCCUGACCGCUGAGAAUCUCCAGCAAGCCAUCAAGCAUCUGAUCGGUGAGGGCCACAUCCACACCACUGCCGAUGCUGAGCACUUCACAUGUGCCGUCUGA